AUGAACACCACGGCGGCUCCGGCGACCGACUCCGGUGGCUUUCUUGGCUCACAAAACAUCGGUGGUUUUGGGUACGGUAUCGGAAUCUCAUUCGGCAUACUUUUACUCAUCAUAACCAUCACCUUGGCUUCUUACUAUUGUACAAGAAGUAUACAACCCUCGUCACCACCUUCUAAUCUCCGGCGGCGGAGGAGCGGUGGCGGCAUGAUCAACAGACAACCCGACUCAUCCCAUUGCACGGUGGACAUGGGUCUUGAUGAGGCGACCCUAUUGAGCUACCCAGUUGUGGUUUAUUCUGAUGUCAAGACCAAACGAAAAGACUCGGGCUCUUCAUGUUGUUCGAUUUGUUUAGCGGAUUAUAAAGGGAGAGACUUGCUUAGACAACUUCCGGAUUGCGGUCAUCUUUUUCACGUCAAGUGUGUUGAUCCGUGGCUGCGGCUGAACCCGACGUGUCCGAAUUGUCGAACAUCUCCGAUUCCGACACCUCUCGCGACCCCGUUGGCCGAAGUCGUCCCGCUCACAAUGACACAUAGUUGAUUGGUUCGAAACUGAAUCGAUCUUAUUAAUC